CUCACUUCAAAGUGCACAACUAUGCCAACUACAAACGUGCUGCUGGCGGUGGUACUGUCGCCAUUAUGGCUCAGCCUCGCAGUGAUAUGGGGUAUUCUGGGGUUACUGUUCACGAUGCCGGUGAGGCGGGUGGCUGUAUCCGCCCCUGCGCUGCUGUGGGUAUCCUGGACGCUUGAUCUUUGGGGGUCGCGGGUGCUCCCUGUCCAAGUUCCGAUCGUUGCGACGGUGUGUGUGACGUUGAGUCUGGUCCUACCCAAGAACCCAUUGCUGCAUCUGUCCGCCGGGGUGCUUCUAGUGCAGUACAUUGUAUACUGCGCUCUGGACUUGUCGAUUUGGUUCUCGACACUUGUCUGCUUCGUGCCGGUCUGGGGUUCCAUGAGUCGUCUGCGACUGUGGCUGCCAGCGGACGAGAAUGUGCUGCAUACGGUUGAGCACCAGAUUUACAAGAGUUUCUUGGGAGACGGGUUUUCAUUGAGCACGGUGGCUGGGCUGGGGACAGUGCAUGUGCCGUAUACUGGAGAAGAGACCAAGAAGCCUCGGACACUUGUGCUGGUCCAUGGAUACGGCGCAGGAAAUGCAUUUUGGGCGGCGAACUUGCGAGAUUUAGCAAACGCGUUUGAUGUUUAUGUCGUGGAGUGGAAAGGAAUCGGACGAUCGUUACGUCCUGUUUUCAAGCCUAAAAGCGCGGCCGAAGCCGAUGCAUUUUUCGUGGAGUCACUAGAGGAGUGGCGGGAGGAACUAAAGCUUGACAGGUUCAUUCUCUGCGGACACUCAAUGGGAGCACUAUACGGAAUAUACUAUGCCGCCAAGUAUCCCAAGACGCUAGAGCACGUGAUCUUAGUUUCACCUGCUGGCGUCCAUGCAACAACACUGACCCAUUCAGAGCUUCCACUGAGUCGCCGAAUUGCUUAUGCACUACAUUUGACCCCAAUGUCGGCGGCUCGUGGAAUGGGUCCCCUCGGACCACGUUUGGUCCACUGGAUGGUGAAGAAGCGCGUUUCGUGGACUCCGCCAAGCAAUGCAAUCCGUAUGGGCGAGUUGGAUUUUGAGCUUUUCGCAAGAUACUGUUACCACAAUUGGGCCUUAAAGGCAUCCGGUGACAUUGCUGUGCACACACAUUUGCACCCGGGAGCUGCUGCGCGGGGAAAGCCACUUUCCGAGAUCAUCGUGCCGGAGAAGUGGACGUUGCCUGUGACUUUUAUGUAUGGCGGUGGACCAGACUGGAUGCCGAAAGAGCACGGUGAAGCUGUGGUGGAGCGUCUUCAGAACGCCAAUCGAUAUGCCAGCUUCCGCGUUGUCCCGUUAUCGGGGCAUCAAGUGUUCAUGGAUAACCCAAGCGCCUUCAACCGUGUUCUCAUUGCGGCGGUGCACGACUGGGAACUCGCCAGCCACGAUAAGGCCACUAUGAGCCAAGGACUCGCCUCCGCUCGCUAGUCCAAUCUGUAAGCAAGAUUACGGGCCAUUGAAGACGGCUCGUUAUCUUCUUCACAGAAGGUUCUUCCGCUUUACAAUGCCUAUAAAUCGUUUCGUAGUUGAAAAGCUAGGAGUUAAUUCGAUGUAGCCUGGAUUUUGAAGUGUUGGUGAACGUGGACCAUUAAUACUAUACAAGUAGACCUAGGAGAGUCUCCAAUGGAGACAAUUGCAUGUUCCUGAUUGCUUGAGC